AUGGAUGAAUGGGUAAAUAGCAGAGACUCGGGAAAGAGUAAAAGAUUGAAAACUCCUUCAUUUGAACAAAUUGACCAAAAGUUGUACGAGUUUAUGGUUUAUCAGCGUUCGGUCAAAAAAUUUACCAAUUUCCGGUCCAAUUUUACAAACAGAAGCUAUGAAAUUGGCAGAAAAAAUGAAUGUCAAAGAUUUCAAGGCUUCGGAUAGUUGGUUGGAAAAAUUAAAAAAAAAGGCAUGAUAUUGUUUGGAAACAAGUCAGUGGCGAGUCAAAUGACGUUAAUCAAGAAACGGUGGAGAAGUGGAAGCGAAAAAUCUCGAGACUCAUUGCUGGAUAUGAAGCAAAAGACUUGUACAAUGCUGACCAAACGUGCCUUUUUUUUAAAGGUAUUCUUACCGAGUCACUAGUCCUCAAGAGUGAGUCAAGUUCUGGAGGAAAAAAAGCAAAGGAUCGCUUAACAGUGCUCAUGUGUGGUAGUACGGCUGGAGAAAUUAGAAAACCAUUGGUAAUUGGAAAGUCUAAAAAACCUCGGUGUUUUAAAAGCAUGGACAUUUCUUCAUUACCUGUCUGUCAUGUGUACGAAGUAAAUAUUUGCCUAAAAUAUAAUUUUUUAACACAUACAUACAUACAUACAUAGAGUCUUGAUACUUAAUUUUUUUUUCUACCUCUCUAUGACGGAAAACUCUUUAUACCGGAAAAAUGUUUGGUCUCAAACGAUUCCGUUAUAGAGAGGUUUUACUGUGUUUUCAAAAUGUCUUUGUCUGAUUUGUUUUAAAUUUUCAUUUUAUAUUUAUAACAUUUUAUUCAAGCCUCAAGAUUUAUUUGAAAUAUAUAUAAUUUUGGUAUGUAAUUUUAUUCGAGUACUCUGCGUUGGAUAAAGGUUUGACUCACCGUAUGAAUUAUCGGGGUUUGGGACAAUCGACCGACAUUCUUUCAACCGACCAGACUGACAACCAAAAAUACUGA